UAUGAAGUAUACAAGAGAAGCCACCCAGUUAGUAGGAAGUGAUGCUAUAUUAUUUACAAGUAUCAAUUUUCUGGAAAAUUUCUGGCCUUAAAUAAAUCUUUGUUUUCUCUUUUUGUUUUUCUUGAUGAAUGAAGGACGAAAGUGAGGUGAAAGGAAGAGAGAAUAACAAGUUUUACCGGAUCUGACACUGUUGAGUUAACUUGAUACUCUUAUCCCCUUUCACCUUACACCUCAAGGGGAUAGAAAAUAGUAUAUUUCCUGGUGGAGAUGUAAAUGUUUUCAUGUGCAUAUUGGUAAGAAUGAAGAAUGUUGAUGAGUAGAGUUCAAUAAUCUAUGAUGCUGACAAGAAAUGAAGUAUGCUAGAUAAAGCUUUCUUUGUAAAAUGGUGAAUACAUUCUUGGGAGUGGGUAAGAAUGAGAAAAAUUGUUACUUAUACUGCAUAGUUUUAUGCUUCUAAAUUCCUUUUAAUUCUGUUGAAACUUGUAAUGAACACCGGGGAACAAUGUCAUUGAUAGAGAGCUGCUCACCAAAAUUCAAUUGGCGUGUCUUGUCAGCUGAGUUAUGCAUGGAAGCUUUCACUUAAAAAUUACCUUCUGCUAGAAUACUUGACAAAGCAAUUCUAUUGCAUCAUGCUUUGCUUGACUGUGUCAUCUUGCGUUUUAUCUUUUUCAUUGAUUAUCAUUCAAAAUGUGGCUUCCUCACUGAAGAGUUAAAGUUAUUUCUGGGUUAUGGUAUGCACUAAAAUUGGCAGACUACUUCGGUUCUUUUAUAUGCAGGAAGGCCUUGGAAGCGUUUUGAGCAAGUUAAACAUUGCCUCUGUGCCAACGUUCCAUUUUUUCAAUAAUGGGAAAAAGGCUGCUGAAGUAAUUGGUGCUGAUGUUAUUCGGUUGAAGAAUACUAUGGAGGAACUCUACAAGAUUGAAGAUUCUGAAGAGGGGACGGUUGACAAAUGAUGUGUAAUUUGAUGGCUUUGAAACGUUUAAAAGAAAAAUUCAAGAAAUUGAUGGUAAGGUUGUUCGUGAUCAGGUUCACUUGCCUUUUUGGUUCCAUGAGGCACUAGUUGUAGUUUGCUUUUGUUAUGCCCGUAGAAUUCUGUACAAGAAUUUCAUUAGAUGAGAAAACAGGACAUACACUGGUCAUGGGAAUUAUUUGCAUCCAUAGAAUGUUGUGAAUUGCAGGUAUUGUAGUAUGGAACCAAGGGGAGAAAACAAAAUAAAACGACAUCUUGUGACAAAUUAAUUAGCAUAGUGCUUUAUUUUUUUCCUUUGAAUUUUUCAAUUUUACUUUUGAAACAUCCACAUUA